AAAUGUACUAUCGGGCCGGGCGAUGCGAACCCUGCGGCGGCAGGUCCCUCCUUGUAACAAGCGAUUGUGUGUUCUGCAGAGGUGGCCCCCGGGAGGAGGGGGCCGGCCGGGGAGGUGGGGGAGAGGGAAACACGCCGCUCCUGCACAGUGAGCGUGCGUGUCCCGGAGCCAGCUCCCCCAAAGCACAUGCCAUUUCUGGCCCCUGAAGGGGUUAAAGGCCUCCUGGAGUCAAAAACAAGCAGGUGUCCCACCGUGCCAGAUACGCCGCCUAAACUGCUUCCAGCUUUCUUUCCUUCUGCAAAAGUCUGUGGUCAGCCGGGACAGAGGAGCCGCAGCCGGCCUGUGACAGGCAUCAGGUUAGCUCGCUCCCACGCGGGGGGCGCCCAGGAUAUAAAUCCCGGCCGGGCCCCUGCUGGGGCUCCCCUCCCCGCUCACUCAGGAGAGGGGGGUUCCUUGCAAAGACCUUUCUUUCCUCUGAAGCCGCACAACUCAGCGGGCUCCACUGACUCGCUGGAGGCGGCCUGGGCAGCCGCAGCCUGACCAGCGGCAAGGACGCCUGCUGCGGGUGGGGGUGAGGGCAGGUGUCUGCAGCCCCGAGAGGGAGAAGGCGCCGGUGGGUCCAGCCCCUGGCAGCGUCACAGGGAGGCCUCUGGCCGCCGCAGACCGCACCAUGUGGGUCCUGGGAGGCCCCCGGUUCUGCUCCCGCUGGGGGCAGGUGGCGGUGCUGCUGCUGCUGCUGCUCGGGGUGCCACCGAGAGGCCUGGCACUGCCGCCCCUCCGCUAUUCCCACGCUGGCAUCUGCCCCAACGACAUGAACCCCAACCUCUGGGUGGAUGCCCAGAGCACCUGCAAGCGGGAGUGUGAGACGGACCAGGAAUGUGAGACCUACGAGAAGUGCUGCCCCAACGUGUGUGGGACCAAGAGCUGCGUGGCGGCCCGCUACAUGGACGUGAAGGGGAAGAAGGGCCCGGUGGGCAUGCCCAAGGAGGCCACCUGCGACCACUUCAUGUGCCUGCAGCAGGGCUCCGAGUGCGACAUCUGGGACGGCCAGCCCGUGUGCAAGUGCAGAGACCGCUGCGAGAAGGAGCCCAGCUUCACCUGCGCCUCGGACGGCCUCACCUACUACAACCGCUGCUACAUGGACGCGGAGGCCUGCUCCAAGGGCAUCACGCUGGCCGUGGUCACCUGCCGCUAUCACUUCACCUGGCCCAACACCAGCCCCCCGCUGCCCGAGACCACGGUGCCGCCCACCACCGCUCCCCCGGAGACCCCCGGGCGGGACGCGGCGGCCCCCGCGCUGCUCAACCACCCCGCGCACCAGUCGGUGACCGUGGGCGAGACCGUGAGCUUCCUCUGCGACGUGGUGGGCCGGCCCCGGCCGGACGUGACCUGGGAGAAGCAGCUGGAGGACCGGGAGAACGUGGUCCUGCGGCCCAACCACGUGCGCGGCAACGUGGUGGUCACCAACAUCGGCCAGCUGGUCAUCUACAACGCCCAGCUCCAGGACGCGGGCAUCUACACCUGCACGGCCCGCAACGCCGCCGGCGUCCUGCGCGCCGACUUCCCGCUGUCGGUGUUCCGGGGGGGCCAGGCGGCGGCCACGGCCGAGAGCGGCCCCAACGGCACGGCCUUCCCCGCGGCCGAGUGCCUGCAGCCCCCCGACAGCGAGGACUGCGGCGAGGAGCAGACGCGCUGGCACUUUGACGCCCAGGCCAACAACUGCCUCACCUUCACCUUCGGCCACUGCCACCGCAACCGCAACCACUUCGAGACCUACGAGGCCUGCGCGCGGGCCUGCAUGACGGGGCCGCCGGCCGCCUGCAGCCUGCCCGCCCUGCAGGGGCCCUGCAAGGCCUACGCCCCGCGCUGGGCCUACAACCGCCAGGCGGGCCAGUGCCAGUCCUUCGUCUACGGCGGCUGCGAGGGCAACGGCAACAACUUCGAGAGCCGCGAGGCCUGCGAGGAGUCCUGCCCCUUCCCGUGGGGCAGCCAGCGCUGCCAGGCCUGCAAGCCCCGGCAGAAGCUCGUGACCAGCUUCUGCCGGAGCGACUUUGUCAUCUUGGGCCGGGUCUCCGAGCUGACCGAGGAGCCCGACGCGGGCCGCGCCCUGGUGACGGUGGACGAGGUCCUGAAGGAUGAGAAGAUGGGCCUCAAGUUCCUGGGCCGGGAGCCGCUGGAGGUCACUCUGCUCCACGUGGACUGGACCUGCCCCUGCCCCAACGUGACGGUGGGCGAGACGCCGCUCAUCAUCAUGGGGGAGGUGGAGGGCGGCAUGGCCAUGCUGAGGCCCGACAGCUUCGUGGGAGCGUCCAGCAGCCGGCGGGUUCGGAAGCUGCGCGAGGUCCUGCACAAGAAGACCUGCGAGUUUGGUUCAGGCCGACGCAACAGACAUUUUCGGAACAUUUACUGGGUGCCAGGUGCUAGGACCACAGAGAACUCACGGUGACUGAACGCAGUGUCCAGAUCCCGGGGGUCCCGCCAGCAGCAGACCCACGGGCGGCCCUCCCAGAUGUCAAAGGGUCCCAUCUGACAGGGUGCUUUCAUCUGCCACUGGCUUCCUUGGAAUAGAGCAGUAGAAACCCCAGGAUCUGGUUUGGUAGGAGGAGAAAUGAAGGAAGAGGAAAAGCAGGCA